UCCAGAGACUCCAGUGAAACCUACCUGCUGUCUGUUCUCUACUAAGCAGUUAAAAUGCAAUCUAACAGGCUGCCAUCGAACGGACAUCUGCAGUCACAUCCUGAACAGUUAACAGUCGCUCUGCUUGGAAAGAGAGCUGAGUUAAGGAACAUCAUUGGAAACAUGAUCCUUGGCAGUAAUGCAUUCGACACAGAGUCAAACAUCCUUGUAGUGGGAGAGAACAGCUCAUUCAAAAUAAUCAACACUCCUGAUUUCUUUGAUGAAGAAAGUCUCCUCCCGGACCAGCACAUUAUUGACUUAAUGGCACUGUCUCAUCCUGGCCCUGAUCUGUUCAUACUGACAAUAGAUCCAGAAAACACCCAAGAGGUAGAUGUUGUGGCUCAGAUCAGCAAACUCCAGCAUACGUUUGGAGAAAGAAUCACAGAACACUUGGUUGUCACAUUACCAGACAUGGAAAGCUUCCAUUCACCCAGUCAUCUGAAGGAAAUCUUCAACAUCUGGUUGGCACCUGAUGAAAGUAUGGCCAGUGAAUGUAGGAAGUGGUGUUCUGGCCGUGACCCUUUCCUGUAUGACUACAAAAACUACAGUCAAGAUGUUGUGACUAAAAGGAAGACAGCCUUAGAGAAGAUCCUAGAGAAGCAAAAAUGUGGUGGCGAUCCCCUGUGUGACGUUGGCAGCGCAGGUACCAGUGCUCAUGGAGUGCCAGACAACAUAUUUAACAUCGUUCUGCUAGGACUAACUGGGACUGGAAAGAGUGCAUCUGCCAACACCAUCCUGGCUGUUGGAAACACCCGACGGGGUUCAAGACAACUUUUUAGGUCUGAGCCAAGCUCUGUGCCGGUCACCACCCAGUGUGAGUUCAGAAUAAUGGAGAAGCCGUUCGGGGUGCUGGUGAGAUUGGCAGACACUCCAGACUUCUUUCACGACCAACUUGAAAACUCCAAAGCACAGGUAGAGGAGUGUAAGAAGUACUGUCAGCCAGGACACUGUGUGGUGUUACUUGUGAUACAGCUGGGCCGGUUCACAGAUGCUGAGGAAGGAAUAUUAGAAAAGCUGGAGGACAAGCUUGGCUGGAAGAUCAGAGAGAGCACAAUCGUUCUACUGACCCACGGAGAGGACUUGAAAACAAAAAGUCUGCCACUAUUUAUUGAAAAGAGUGCUCCCCUCAAGAACAUUGUUGAAUCGUGUGGCAGUCGUUAUCAUCUAUUUAACAACUCUUCUGAGGACCCAAAGCAAGUCAUUAAUCUCAUCAAGAAAAUUCCAAAUUACUACAAAAUGUUCACAAAGUUAACAAAAAGACAUUAGUUACAGAAUGCUAGGAUUAAAGCACAGCACAAGAGCCUGCCUUUCCCUGCGAUCCCCGGUCAGGGUACCGCUAACAGGAUUCAACAGGCAUCUGCAGCUUUAAACAGAAAGUCUGCCAUCUGACUGGGGUCACAGGACCACCAGCUGAUCUACGCAGCUCACUGGCAACUGUUCUUCCUCCCUCCUUUCACAGACUGUCGUUAACGUACUGGGCAUAGAUAGUUUCAGAUAACUUAACAGGGUUAACGGCUAAGCAAGGACUGUUUAAUUACUGUAAUGUUGCUGUACUGAUGUGUUUUAUUCAGGUUAUGUUAUUGUGUUGUUACUGUAGUAACCGUAGUCUUUGAGACAGUGCUAAGGUUAUGUUAGUUUAAUGUUAUGCUUCACACAGACAGUCGUUGCAUGCCACUAACUCCCUUCUGCCUCAACCUCAGCACACACGACGAGAGGGAACUCAAACCCUCCCGCUCCUCCAUGCUCUUCGUGUCUCACCAACACCUGUUUCAUACUCAGCUGAAACAUCUGGUCAGAGGACAAAGGACACACACCUUUUCUGGAGCGCAACCCCUCAUGCGGGUGCGCACACACUAACACACACACGCACACACACACACAACUAGAUAGAUAGCUAGAUUUGCAUUAAUUAUUCCUUUAAUAAAUACUUGUGUUUACACA